AUGAGGUGUUUAAUCGCUAAUCCUGUAUCUACCCCGGUGCUUUCUCUUGAACAGGUCGCCACUAUUGCGAUUUGGGCCAAAGCUCUCUUCGAGAGGAAUCCUCUGGACGAAGUGGUGUACGUCGUUGAUUUGGAUGAUGUUAUGAAGCUAACGGUGCGAGAGACUAGGACGGCCGGACAAGCGGAAUGGCGGCUUGACACUCACCGUUUAACAAUUGCGGAGCUGCAGAGAGCUUUGAAGGAAAAAUCGUGUGUGCCCGAAAACAAGGUGGCGGAACACAAGGAGGCGGAGAACAAGAAGGGUGGUGAAGAGACUGUACAGCUAAAGGCAGGGGACGUUCUUCGCACCGAUAGACGUCGCGUGAAGUACUACCGGACGCUGAAAGCGGAUGAAGUGCUGUUCGUCGAGUCGGGUCAGCACACGGACUGCACGGGCAACGCCGAGUUCCCGUUCACCGUCAAGGGCGAGAAGGUCCUCGUUCUUGAGAAGAACAGGCCGGAGACACCCGCGGAGGCGCUCCGACGCCACACGCCCGAGGAGGCGCUCCCACGCAACACGCGCGAAGAGGCGCUCCAACGCAUAGCUCUCGAGCUCGCCGAAUGGCACCAAGCGCAGUGGGAAGAGUCCAGAAAGGAAUCUCCUGCUUCUCAACAACGUACGACGUAA